GUUAUCAGUGUCACCCUAUUAAUAUUUGAUACAUCACUCACUCUAUUAUUUAUAGAACCUUUAGUUUUAGAAUAAUAAAAAUCAAAUUGAAAACUAUGGUUGUGAUGGAAGAUGAUUCUUUCAAGAAGCCAGGAGCAGUUCCAUUCAAAUGGGAAAUCAAACCCGGACUCCCCAUUCCCCACCAUCCUCACAACCCGGAAUCUCCCUCAUUCAAGCUCAAACCACCGCCGUUAAUCGGAUCCUACAAGCUAUCUCCGGUGGAGCCCCGAACACGGUCCUUCCGGUCAAAUUCUAAGGCCCGCUCUGAUAGAUGGAGAUUUCAGCGGCCGCUCCUUUCCCAGCCUGAGAUAGUGACCUCUUCUGGCUGUUUCUUCUCACCUUUCCUGAAGCGUUUACGGAGCAAGAAGACGGUUCCGAAGAGAGUGGUCGAACACGAUUAUACAUCGGAGUUGGAUACGAUUGGUCGGUGGUCUUUGUCGUCGACUAAGUCACUAUCCCCGUUCAGGCCUUCAACGGUCUCGUCUUCUGUUGCGUCGUCGCCACAACCCGUGGGUGAUGUUGAAUGGGCCGGGUUUGGGCUUUUCUGAAAUAGUAGUUUGGUUUUUAAUUGUAUAUUUUUGUGUGAGUUUGUAGGUACUAAAAGAUAAAGAAAUCAUAGUUGAAUAAUAUUCGGAAACUAUUCAGGUGCUUAUAUUAGAGACACCUUUGUUUUGUUGGUGUUUAAAUUAAACUUUAAAUUAGUGUUUUA